AUGGCUAAAGCUGCAGCCACAGGAAACGUUGAUGAACUUGAAAGGUUGAUGAGAGAAGAUGUUGGGGAGUUAUUCGGAUACAAACCUAACAGGGAUUCUACAAAUGAUGUGCGUAAUAUACUGCUAACUGUGACUGCACUUAUGAUAACAGCAACCUAUCAGGCUGUGCUUAGUCCCCCUGGAGGAGUGUGGCAGGAAGACACACACCAAUACAGUGCUGGAAAAUCCAUCGUGGCUACAAAAUCAAGAGGAACAUUUUUGUUGUUUAUUCUGGGCAACAGCAUCGGAUAUUAUACCUCUUUUCAUAUUAUCACUCUGCUAGCCAUUGGCUUUCCUUUGCAAUAUCUUAUGCUAUUGUUGACAUUUUUCAUGUCAUUCAACUACAGUGCAUCCAUGCUUAACCUUGUACCAAGCGGUGACAGUAUUUCCCAAUGGGUAGCAUGGCUAUGUAUUGUGUCUGGCUGCGCCGCACCAUUAGUUCCUAAUCUGCUGAGGAGACUGAAUUUCUGA